CGGCUCAACCCAAAUCGCUGGCGGUUGCGUAUGUCAGCACAUCAAAGUCAUUAGAAUAUUUUAUACUUAACGCUAUCCACCUCCCCCAAUGAGGUUCAGGCCAGGCAGUUAUGUCUGGUUCUUCCGGCUAAGUAGGUUUACCGGUGAACUGCGAACGCCCUUCCGCCUUAAAUCCACGUUCUAUUCCGACACUCCUCUUGCGUUCGCUCGGAAACUCACAAUGCAACCUAGUCGAAAUGUAACCCAUAGUAGCUGUCGCGGUGAUGAGGGGUUGAGCAAAGCAGACAAUUCAAGGCCGGUGCUUUACGCAAGCAACAUUGCUUCAACACUUACAGAAGACAUGGGUCCUCCGGUGGAGAAGAAACGCGUGGGACACGCGCUUGAGGUUAACGAGAGAAACUUACGGACCCCGAGUCCUCUGUUUGGUGCCAGCUGCGAUGUGGACUCGGAAGCAGAGUCUUUUCGGGAUGGGAGAAGCGAGGAGGUCGACCGAGACACCAGGAGUAGGGCCUUUGCUUGGUGCCGAGACUUCUUGUCUGGAUCGUGGAAGACUCUCCCUGAGAAACAUUUUCAAAUUAGCAUCGUCAGUUCAGUGCUACUCAUUUUCAUUGGACCAUGUGGUGGACUGAGUAAUCUGCUGUACCUGUGCAGCUUGCCUGACCAUGUGCAGUGUGUGGGAGUGGAGCCUCGUCAGGUGCUCCUCAGAGUGUAUGGUGCCAUCUUACAGGGUGUGGACUCAUUGGUAUUGGAGAGUGUGAUGUUUGCCAUUCUGGCUGAACGAACUUUGGGGCCCAGACUUUAUGGUGUCUUUCCAGAGGGACGCUUGGAGCAGUACCUUCCGAAUACUCGCAUGAGCACAGAUCAGCUCUCAGAUCCAGCCAUCUCAGCUGAGAUUGCCACCAAGCUGGCACGCUUCCAUGAAAUGGUUAUGCCCUUCAACAAAGAGCCAAAGUGGUUGUUUGGGACCAUUAAUAGAUACAUGGAUCAAGUGAUGGAGAUCAAAUUCGUCCGUGAAGCACAUGUGAAGAAGUAUAAGAAAUUGAUGAAGAUGGACUUGCCUGCCGAGCUUGAGAGUCUCCGUGCGUUACUGGCAGCAACUCCAUCACCAGUGGUGUUUUGCCACAAUGAUGUCCAAGAAGGAAACAUUCUUGCACUGGAAGACAGGGACCCCACCUCAACAGAAAGACUUAUGCUGAUAGACUUUGAAUACAGCAGUUACAACUACAGGGGUUUUGACUUCGGAAACCAUUUCUGUGAGUGGAUGUAUGACUACACAUACAACCAGUGGCCCUUCUACAAAGCCACACCAGAGAACUAUCCAACCAGAGAGCAGCAGCUUCAUUUUAUAAGAAGUUAUUUAGCAGAGCAAGGACGACACUCUGACCGUGCCGCGGACCAGACAGAAGUUGAAGAGAGCAUCAUAAUUGAAGCAAACAGAUUUGCUUUGGCGUCACACUUCCUCUGGGGGCUGUGGUCCAUCAUUCAAGCCAAGAUAUCCACAAUUGAGUUUGGAUACAUGGACUAUGCUCAGUGUCGUUUUGAUGCCUACUUGAAGCAGAAAAAGCUCUUCUCCUGAAUUCCAUUUGGUUCCUCAGAGUGUACCAUCUUAGUUUUUAUGCCCUCCUUCCACCUUGUCUCAUAUUGGUGUAAAGAUUUUUGCAGCUUCAUCUUAUUGAAACUAUGCAAGCAAGUAAUAAUGGUCUCUGAAAGAAAAAAAACAAGAUAAAGCACACUCUACACCUGCAGGCAACAAAUUUUAAGUGUUAGAGUAGCGACUGAUUUGAUUUGACUUUUCUCCUUUUUUUUGAUGCACUUCAUUUCUUUGGACCACUUUAUGACAUUGGCAUGGGUAAUUCUUUAGCUUUGUGCUUGUUGCCUUGCCAGACAAUGGAUGACUUGUAAUCUGUAAAGACUGUGGAACCUAACGUCAUUUAAGUUUACUAAGACAACAUUAUUGAGUCCAGCGUGGGAUGCUUUUGUAUAAUGCACUGCUUUAGUGUUUUUACUGUAGUCAUUCUACCUCACUUGUCUUAUGUUGGCUCUGUAAUAGAGUACAUACAUUUUAUAUGGGGCUGAUUUUAACGAUAAACACCUACUGUGACCUAACAACUCUUUAUGAUAACUCUGUAUCUACUGUCAUAGGCAGUUUUAUUGAGGACCAUGAAAAUAUUUUUCUCCAAUUUAAGCUCCGUAAAGCUAAGACCUUACCCAGCAAAUGAUAAUGUGAAAGCUACUUUAUACAGUUUAUCUGUAGUCAACAAUACUGUUUGAUCUUUUCACCACUUUUCUUGUAACUGACUUUGCAUUUCUACUGUGCCGCCUGUCUACCAACAUUUACUUCAUUCUUUUUUACACCUAGUCAUUUACAGUAUUUUUAAUUUAUUUCAGCGGUCCGAUCUUUUACUUGAAAUGUCUUCGGUUUUUGUUUUGUGGGGUUUUUUUUCUCUAGACAAUUCAACAGCAUGAAAUGCUCAAACAUCUUUUACCCUUACCUGUUUAUUAUGUUAUGUUAACUAAAAUGUCCAUUUGGGACCUUUUUGAAGGCUCAAGCUGCUGAGAUAAAUGAAGUAUUUUUAAUUUCAUUUCAUUUCACUGCAUUUGUAAUGCUUCUAUUGAAUUAGAUGCUUGUUUAGACUGAAUGUAAUGAUGAAUUAAUUAAGGUCUCUGUUUUAUUUCUAACUUUUAUCAAUUUACUUAAUAAAAAAAGAAAAAACUUGUAAUGUAUUAACUAGCUUCAGCUCUUUUUAAAGCAAUGUUUUCUUAGUAUUCUAUUGAAGCUUGUCCUUAUAUUUAUUUUUUGAACUGCAAGAUUAAAUGACUGAAAAACUA